AUGGCCACUCUCUCUUCACUCCGUCAUCUCAUCCAAACACAUCCACUCAUCGACAACCAUGCUCACAACCUCCUCUCUCAGUCAGCGGCCUGCAAAUAUGCCAAAUAUCCCUUUGAGCAGAUCAUAUCUGAGGCGCAAGGAGUUGCUCUAGCAAACGCCCCUUCAACGCUAUCCUUUCACCGCGCGGCCAGCCAGCUCGCUACCCUAUACCAAAGCUCGUCAUCCGACUGGGACAGCGUCCGCGCUGCUCGAGACCAGUCAGUCCAGCGUGACUAUGAGGGUCUAAUUCGCAAAUGCUUGGAGGGAACACAAGUACUUCUUCUUGACGAUCUUUUAACGGAAAAUGACGUUGAACUUUUUGACUGGCAUGAUCGCUUCACCGCAUCAGCCACUAAGCGCAUUGUCCGUAUCGAAGCUCUGGCCGCCAGUGUCCUGUCACAGAUUGUCCACGGAGGGCCCGUUCCCCAGGAUUCUUCUGACCUCUCAGCUUUCCAAACCCUUUGGGAGUCGUUCUCGCGGAACUUCAGCGCUCUGGUCUCCGAUGCCAUUGCCGACCCCGCUGUGGUGGGGUUCAAGUCGGUGAUAUGUUACCGCACUGGGUUAGAUGUCCAGCCAACCGAUGACCGUGAUACAGAACGAUUAAUCCGGUCCUUUGCUCGUACAAUCUCGCAAGCGGCCGUCUCCACCCCCCGGGUAGAGGAUAAGCCACUGAACGACUGGCUGGUGCGCCAAACACUCAAUUUACUUAAGGCAGCCAAGGUUACUCAACCAAACAAACCCUUGCAGCUGCAUACUGGUUUGGGAGAUAACGACAUCAAUCUGCUGAAAUCCAACCCUGCUCAUCUGCAAUCUCUUAUUGCGCAAUACCCUGAAGUCGACUUUGUUUUGCUGCAUUCAUCUUACCCAUAUACACGCGAGGCUGGAUAUCUGGCCUGCGUCUACCCUAAUGUUUAUUUGGAUCUCGGGGAGGUCUUUCCCAUGGUCAGCCGGGACGCGCAGGAAUCGAUCUUGAGAGAGAGUCUAGAAAUUGUCCCCAGCACUCGGUUGUUAUGGAGUACCGAUGGGCAUUUUUUCCCAGAAACAUUUUGGCUGGCCAAUAGACAGUUCCGAGAUGCGCUGGAAAAGGUUUUCGUGGACUAUGUCCAGAAUGGUGAUUAUACCAUUGAGCAAGCCAUGCAGGCCGCAGCAGAUAUCCUUUUCCACAAUUCAAACCGGCUUUAUGAGUUAAAUGAACAACCGCCAUCUGCCGCUUUAUCGUCUGGGCACCAGACGGUCUCCCGUAUCUCGUCAACUGAUCUGCUUGAGAAGUUCAUUCGAAGCAACCCAGGCGUCAAAUAUGUCUGGACGCAAUUCAUUGACUACACUGCCACAGUUAGAGUCCGCAUGUUCCCAGUAAUGGAGUUCGCCAAGAUCGUCCGCAAGCAACGCCGGCUCGGUAUUAGUAUGGCCACCUUCUGGAUGUUGCAAGACGAUGAAGUUGUUGGCGGCUCGACUACGGGCCAAUUCUACCUUAUACCAGACCUAUCCACACUCAGCCCAAAUGUUGGAAUCGACUCCAAGAGUGCCACCGUGAUGACCUGGUGGAAGAGCGAACAAGGCGAGUCCUUGGAGGAAUGUCCGCGCACGAAUUUGCUCAACAUAAACAACAAACUCAAAGACGAGUUUGGUAUUCAAGCUACCUGCGGCUUUGAGAUUGAAGUCGUUUUCUUGAAGCCAACCACCGACCCAUCAACAGGAGAGGAAGACUGGGCUCCUUCUGUGACCAACCAUUCCUGGUCUCAAAUGACUCGCGAGACGCGCCGCAUGCUCCCCCUACUCGAAGAAAUCGCCGAAACGCUCGCCUCCAUCGGCAUCCAUCUUCAACAAUUCCAUGCCGAGUCCGCCCCUGGCCAAUUCGAAUUCAUCCUCCCACCUGACAAUCCCGUCGCUGCAGUCGACACCCUCAUCAAAUCCCGACAAGUCAUAGCCAACAUUGUCGAGAAACACGGCCUCCGCGCAACACUCUAUCCACGGCCUUAUCCAUCCGCCGCCGGCACGGCGUCCCACGCGCACGUUUCCAUCUCCCCUUCAACAAAAGAAGAAUCAUUCCUGGCCGGUGUGCUUCAGCACUACCCCGCCGUACUGGCAUUCACCCUUUCCGGCGACGCAAGCUACGACCGCGUUAAGUCGGGUAUUUGGGCCGGAAGCGAAUGGGUCACCUGGGGCACCCAGAACCGUGAGGCGCCUAUUCGCAAGAUCUCACCAGGCCAUUGGGAAAUCAAGUCUCUUGACGGCUUGGCAAACAUGUAUUUGGCCAUGGCUGCUUUCCUGGCUGCGGGAUAUACGGGAGUAAAAGAAAAUCUCCCGCUCACUAUCAAGGAUUGUCCAUAUGACGCGGCAUCGCUCCCAGAAAGCGAACGCGCCGCACUCGGCAUAACUACGAAACUCCCCAACACCCUCGCUAAAAGUCUUGCCGCGUUAGAAUCUGACGAGAUUCUUAGGAGUCUUCUGGGCGAGAACCUGGUUGAAGACUACAUCAUCGUGAAACGAGCUGAGAGCAAGAAACUCAGUGCCAUGGAUGAAAAGGCGCGCAGGAAGUGGCUUGUGGAGAGGUAUUGA